AGCCCAAAAGUAUUGUCAUCAACUUCUAUGCACCUUGUCUCUCUCUUUUCUCUUCUCAAAAAAAUAACAAGACCUCAUCAACUCUUCAAAGACCUCAAAAAAGAAUUCUUUCUCCCCUUAUCCUCUAAACCACAAAACCCCCUUAUUUCUUUCAUUUUCCUUAGUACUUCCAUUUCUUUGAAUCAACUAUGAAGAAUCUUUGUAGAAAAAGCACAGUUCAUCCAAUUACUUCACCUUUAGUAUUAUCAGACCAGCUUUCUUUGUUACCAGCUACAAUCUUGACACUAACAGCAGCUUUAUCUCAAGAAGAUAAACAAGUCUUGGCGUAUCUAAUUGCUUGUUCUUCCAAUAAUUUCUCCAACAAUCUUGGAAACACUCACAAAAACUCAACCACCACUUCUACAGACCAUCCAUAUUGUUUCAACUGCUACUGUUUCAAUUGCUAUAUGAGUUACUGGGUAAAAUGGGAUUCAUCUCCUAAUCAUCAACUCAUUCAUGAGAUUAUUGAUGCUUUUGAAGGCAUGGUAUUGAAGAAGAAAAAAGGAAAGAGCAAGAAGCAGAGGAGGAAUAAGAACAUAGGAUCAUAUGGUGGUUCUUGUGAGGUUAAAAUGAACACUGAAAUGUGUGAGAAAACUUGUGGAAGCAAUGAUGGUGUUGUUAGUGAAGAUGGUUAUAGAGAACUGGAUGAAGGAAAUGAGAAAGGGUCUGUUAGAAGAUUUGUGAGCUUUCUUGGUCAAAGCUUCUGGAGUGUUUGGCAUAUCUGAAAACUUUAAGGUAAUAUUGAAAAAAAUUAGGUUGGUUUUGUUCAUUUUGGUUGUUUUUCACCCAUUAUCCGGUACUUGUAUUGUGGCCUGGUUAAAUGAUUCGAGUCGGAAAGUCCCACAUUGCGGUUAAAGUACUCUCUAACAAAGUAGCCAACAUAAGCUCGACCCCAAAACCUUUAGUUAAGGAUGAAAGAAUACUUAUUAUUUUUUCACAACCCUGGGUGGUUUGUCCAUUUUUCACUUCUAUAGAAGUUUUUUUUAGUUUCUUGUUGUUCUUUGUCCCUGUUCCUAUUUUUUGGGGGUUCUGUAAGACCCUUCAUAACAAUGUAAAAUAUGGCCCUUUUUGAAUGUUCACUUUCAAUUUUA